GACCACCACCAGCAGUAAGACAAAUGUUUAAAAACAAAGAUGAAAUACCAAAAAAUCUUCAGUCAAAUAUAAUCUAUCAAGUGAAUUGUAGCUCUUGUUCAGCCUCAUAUAUAGGCAAAACAACCAGACAAGCUUGUUCAAGAUUAAAGGAACAUGGAGCUCCAACAGAAAUACCAGUAGAACAUACAAAUGAAAAUCUUAGACGCUCAGCAAGAAUUGCUGCUAUGUAUGCUAAUAAUAAUGCACGAAUUUCAUAUUAUGAGUCGGAUAGUAGUGAAGAUGAUAUUCCUAGUGCCACAUAUACAUCAGCAAUUAAGCGUCAUAUCACUUCAACUCAACAUAAAAUUGAUUGGCAUAAUUGGAGUAUCUUGGAUAAAGACAAACAUCCAUAUAGAUUACUUGUAAAAGAAAGUCUAGCCAUAAGUGAAAAAUCACCUGCAUUAAAUUUAACCACAAGAUCAGUAUCUUUAGUUGUAUAUCCUGAAGGUCGUGCCAUUAGACGAACAAGCCAAAAGACAUCUCAAUAA